AUGGCGCCAGGACCACGCAUUGAAUCAAUCUCUCACGCCAAAGUGGGCAUCAGGCCAUUGCUCGCAUAUCACUCCAGUCACGUUUUUACCCACCACAGCAACGACGAGGCCAGUCAGAGCGCGCAAUUGCACCAACAGCACCAGGGCAACAACAGGGAAGAGCCUUCAAAGGAGCAAUCCUGUUUAUUCUGGUCGAGGCGAAGGAGUGUGGCGAUGCUAGGUUUUGGACCUCUCAUGGUGGGAUGGAGGAAUGGCCGCCAAGUGGGUAAAGUCAAUGGCGAUGGAGAAUGGAGGAUGAAGGAUGAGAAGCAAAUGGAGACCAGCCACGGAGCAAGACGGGGAUAUCCCAGACUCGCUCGGGGACGACGGGAACGGACGACGACUUGGGCGUGCGGAACCUCAUCGGAGUCUAUCCCCGGGUGGAGCAUCCCCGGAGCUUUUGAGCAUUCACCACAGGGCGGGAUCGGGCAAAGCUCAGGCGCCGGUCUAAACAGAGACAGCAUGGGCGAUUUGGGACGUGCCACUAUCACCCCGGGACGUGGGAGGCCAUCCGCGAGCCUCCAAUCCCAACCCGGGGCCGACUUAGAGUUGCUCCGUCUUCCUCUAUUUGACGGACCGACGCCAGUCCAAAAGACGCCAAGAAGCGUAAUCAAUGUGAAAAAGGCCCUUUUGCUCGACGCACCCAGGACGAAAAUCCUCCGAGCGGGUUGCCUGGCCGCGCCUUCGAGUUACGGUUUAAACAUGCCCGGCGCCAUCCUGCGCUGGUCUGGGAAAGCCCUCGCCGACAUGCCAGCUGUGUUCAAUCGACCUGGGAUGUGCUGUACUGUGGAUCAGGGGAGGGAGAGCGAAGGAAGGGCAAAAGGGAGUCAGAGGCAGACUGGCCCGGAUGAGCAUAUGCCAUUGCCGAUGCCGAUUGACUUCCGUCGUACAUGGAGCGAUAUCGUUGGAGGAUCUUUUGGCCGUUACGUCUACUCCGUACACACGCCCGAGGAGCCCGCAAGUCUCUCAGUCAAUGCUCGCUCCGUUGCUGGUCGGUUGCCAUCCUUGCAACGGAGUACUAUUUUCGUGUCCUUGUCUGCCGCCGCUCGACCGCCAACGAAACGCCCUCGUCCGGGAGCAAGCGUACACGUCCUUCCCAACAGUCUCAGAGAAAGCAGCAUUGUUCCCCGUCGGACACGCGAGGCCUGGUAUGAGACGGCGUUGUCCACGGUGCGCAAUCUAUCCUGCAGCGUCCCGUGGGAGCCGGUGUCCGGGAUCACGGCCAACAGGAAUAGCAGCUGGGGGAUGUUGGGCGGCCUCUCAUGA